AUGGACGCCGAUAUGACUGGUGGACGCGACCGUAUCGCGCCAAUGUUCAAAGAUCGGCACGUGCUUAUCACUGGUGGAACUGGAUUCCUCGGCAAGGCGUUAAUUGAAAAAUUACUCCGAUGCUGUCCGGAGAUUGGUCAGAUCUAUCUUCUAGUCAGAGCGAAAAAAGGCAAAGCACCGCGUCAACGCUUGGAAGACAUUUUUGCCAAUCCGCUGUUCGAAACCGUCAAGGGAUUGCGUGGUCUAGAUACGUUGAUAAAACAAUGUACAGUGAUCGGGGGUGAUGUGACCGAACCGGAGCUAGCUAUUUCAACCGAGGAUCGUACACUGAUAACGGAGAACAUCUCGAUCAUAUAUCAUUGCGCUGCCACGAUCCGCUUCGAUGAAACACUCAAGAAAGCAGUCAUGCUCAACACACGUGGCACAAAGUUCAUGAUUGAUUUAGCGAAGCAAUGCAAAAAGCUAGACAUGUUUGGUUAUGUUUCUACCUCGUACUGCCACCUUAACGAGAAACUGUUGCUCGAGAAGCCCUAUGCACCACCAGCCGACCCGCACAAAGUCAUCAAAGCCGCCGAAUGGCUAGAGGAAGGUGUCGUCGAUGGCAUGACCAAAAAAAUCCUGGGCGACUGUCCCAACACAUAUGCCUAUACCAAAGCUCUAGCGGAAGCUCUAGUGGUUGAAUCUAUGGACGAAAUCCCGGCAGUCAUCUUUCGACCGUCGAUCGUGAUCCCUACUUGGCGAGAGCCGAUCCCUGGUUGGACGGAUAACAUUAACGGACCGGUAGGGCUACUGAUUGGUGCUGGUAAAGGCGUCAUUCGAUCGAUGUACUGUAACUCGGAUGGUUACGGUGACUACUUGCCGGUGGAUUUUGCCGUAAGUGCAAUGUGUGUUUGCACCUGGAACUACGUCGGAAAUCAGGAUCACAAACGAAACAUCUAUCAUUUGGUCAGUUCGGCAGAAAUCAAAGUGUCCUGGGAGGGCAUCAUCGAACGGGGCAAGUGGAUCGUCUCGAACAAGAUCCCACUCAACGGUGUCUUGUGGUAUCCAGGUGGCUCGAUGAAGCGCACCCGAUGGGAACACAACCUAGCGGCGUUCUUCUUCCACUGGAUACCAGCGUUCCUGAUUGAUUGUCUGCUUUACUGCUUUGGAUUUAAACCAAUAUUGUGGAGGAUACAUCAACGAAUCGCAAAAGGUUUUGAAGUCUUCGAAUACUAUGCCAACAAUCAGUGGGACUUUGAUAAUUCCACCGUGCUAUAUCUGCGAACGAUUAUCAAUGAGGAAGAGAAAACAAAGUUCAAAAUAGAUGCAGGAGGUGUAGAGAUUCAGGAAUACUUUGAGAAUUGUAUACGAGCCGCUCGCUGGUAUAUUUUGAAAGAGACAGAUGACACUAUUCCAGCGGCUAGACGUCACAUGCGAGUUAUGUGGUGGGUGGAUAAAAUAUGCAAGACAUUAAUCUACGGUGGACUGAUUUACUAUAUCGGCAAGGCGUUUUACUCGUUGCUGCUAGCGUCCUAG